ACUUUCAUUUCCCGCCGUUACGAAGCUUCCUUCCCAAUCACACAACUAUAAACACGCGCUGCCACCACCACUUUCAACACGCGCCACUUCUCCCCACCGUUCCCGAGAGAACCUAGCGUUGAACUACUAAACGAUGAGUCCCACAUCGACCACUUCCUCUUCCUCAGGCUCCAACAGCACCACCAGUUCAUGGCUCAUGCAGGGCCUACUGGCCGGAGCUGCCAUUGCGGCCGCGGCUGGAACUUACGCAUUGAUUUCUGCGCGCAGAUCCGCGAGAUUUAGGAGUCAGGUGAUUGGAAUCAUCCCGGCUCGCUUCGCUUCCUCCAGAUUCCAAGGCAAACCACUGGUCCCAAUCCUCGGAAAACCCAUGAUUCAGAGAACAUGGGAAAGAGCCAAACUUGCAACCACAUUAAACAAACUUGUUGUGGCCACCGAUGAUGAGAGGAUUGCAGAAAUCUGUCAAGGAUUUGGAGCUGAUGUGAUAAUGACAUCAGAAUCUUGCCAAAAUGGAACUGAACGAUGCAAUGAGGCACUUCAAUAUCUUCGGAAGAAAUUUGACAUUGUUGUUAACAUUCAGGGGGAUGAGCCUCUUUUAGAGCCUGAGAUAAUAGAUGGGGUUGUCAAAGCUCUGCAGGCAUCCCCAGAUGCUGUGUUCAGCACUGCAGUUACAUCCUUGAAACCAGAAGAUGCAUCUGAUCCAAAUCGUGUGAAAUGUGUGGUGGACGCUCGUGGAUAUGCAAUCUAUUUUUCAAGGGGUCUGAUCCCGUAUAACAAGUCAGGGAUUGUCAAUCCACAAUACCCAUAUUUGCUCCAUCUUGGUAUCCAGAGCUAUGACGCACAGUUUUUAAAGAUAUAUCCAGAGCUUCCACCUACUCCUUUGCAACUAGAAGAAGAUUUAGAGCAGCUCAAAGUCCUUGAGAAUGGAUAUAAGAUGAAGGUGAUCAAGGUCGACCAUGAUGCUCAUGGUGUCGACACACCAGAAGAUGUGAAAAAGAUAGAAUCUUUGAUGCGGGAACGAAAUCUGUCCUAAUUCUCAACCAAAAGAAGAAGAAGAAGAAGAAAAGAAAGAAAGAACUAGCUUAUUAUUAGCUCAUCCACAACGAAAACUAGAACGAUCUAGAAGUUCUUAAUGUGGCAGAUUCAGUAACCCUUCGCUGUAAUAAAGUUUAGAAUUCUAUAGACUUAUCCAUUUGUUUCCUAAUUUUGGUGGUGAAUCCCCAAAGCAAGCCCGUUUGUGCUAGCUAGAUCUCUUGCUGUAAGCUAUAUAAUUUAGAGAAAAUAUAUUUACAACAAUGAAUUA